GCGGGUAGGCGGGUGGGGGUGGAGCCAGGGCCGGAAGUAGAACGGUGGCGGCAGCGGAGGCCGUGGCAGCUCGGGACAGAGUGCAAGUAACAGAAUCACCAUGAUUCUCCAGAGGCUCUUCAGGUUCUCCUCUCUCAUUCGGUCCGCCGUCUCAGUCCAUCUGAGGAGGAACAUCGGUGUUACAGCAGUGGCAUUUAAUAAGGAACUCGAUCCUGUACAGAAACUCUUCGUGGAUAAAAUUAGAGAAUACAAAACUAAGCGACAGGCAUCUGGAGGACCGGUUGAUACUGGCCCCGAGUACCAGCAAGAUCUGGAGAGGGAGCUCUUUAAGCUGAAGCAAAUGUAUGGAAAAGCGGACAUGAAUACUUUCCCUAACUUCACAUUUGAAGAUCCCAAAUUUGAAGUCAUCGAAAAACCCCAGUCCUGAAGAAAUCAUGUAAAAUGUAUUUGGUAAUUUGUCCUAGAUUAGUUGUACAGCUGGUCGGAAGUAUUGGGAUAAACAUACAUUUCUCAGCUGUCAAAUGUUCUUUUAAUUCUGAUUCCAAAUAAAUUAUUUGAUGAUGUUGGGCGUACA